AUGGCAGAUCAACUCACUGAAGAGCAAAUUGCCGAAUUCAAAGAGGCGUUUAGUCUCUUUGAUAAAGAUGGGGAUGGAACUAUCACCACAAAGGAGCUUGGGACGGUUAUGCGCUCUCUCGGUCAAAACCCGACAGAGGCAGAGCUGCAAGACAUGAUCAACGAGGUGGACGCAGAUGGCAACGGGACGAUCGAUUUCCCCGAGUUUCUGACACUAAUGGCACGGAAGAUGAAGGACACAGAUUCCGAGGAGGAAUUGAUUGAAGCAUUUAAGGUAUUUGAUAGAGACGGGAACGGCCUUAUUUCCGCUGCAGAGCUGCGCCACGUGAUGACUAACUUGGGGGAGAAACUGACAGACGAGGAGGUGGAUGAGAUGAUUCGGGAGGCAGAUAUCGAUGGAGACGGACAAAUAAACUACGAGGAAUUCGUUGGCAUGAUGCUUGCGAAGUAA